GUUUUAUGUUACAGUAGAUAACAAGCACGAUUAAAAGAAUCGAAAAGUCGAAGGAGGAGAAAAACGAACGCGACAUAAGCAAUCUGGUUUAAAGAGAUGUUGUAUUCAGAUGAGGGUGUUUACAUUGGUAACAUCAAGGAUGGACUUGCUCAUGGCAAAAGAAAGUACACAUGGUCAGAUGGAUCAAUAUAUGUGGGUGAUUGGGUUGAUGGAGAUAAGACAGGGAAAGGAUUGUUCAUACAGCCAUCAGGAGACAAGUAUGAGGGUGAAUUCUUUGGGAAUCGCCGUCAUGGCAAUGGCACCCAAACUUAUAAGAAUGGAGGUAGCUACGUUGGAAAUUGGAAAAAUGAUAAAAAAGAUGGAAGAGGGAUUGAGACUUUGGCUAAUGGUGAUGUUUUUAAUGGUUGUUGGUCAAAUGACUUUGUAUAUGGAUAUGGAGUUUUUAGAUUUGCAAAUGGUGACGUCUACACUGGAAAUUGGACUUGUAGUGAUGUUUUUGAUGGUUGUCGAUCAAUUGCGCUUAUACAUGGAUUUGGAGUUUAUAGAUAUGCAAAUGUGGGUGUCUAUAUCGGAAUUUGGAAAAAACAUGAAAGGGAUGGAUUAGGGAUUAUGAGUUGGGAUACUGGAGAUGUCUUCUAUGGUUGUUGGUCAAAUGGACUUGCACAUGGAUAUGGAGUUUAUAGAUCCGCAAAUGGGGAUGUCUCCAUUGGAAAUUGGAAAACAUGGAAAAUGGAUGAUGGGAGAGCGAUUUUCGAUUGGGCUAAUGGUGAUGUUUUUGAUGGUUGUAUGUCAAAUGGACUUAGACAUGGAUUUGGAGUUUAUAGAUUUGCAAAUGGGGAUGUCUACAUCGGAAAUUGGAAAAAAGACAAAAUGGAUGGAACAGGGAUUAUGAGUUGGGUUGUUGGUGAUGUCUUCGAUGGUUGUUGGUCAAAUGGACUUAUACAUGGAUAUGGAGUUUAUAGAUAUGCUAACGGGGAUGUCGAUAUUGGUAACUUCAGGAGUAAACUUCUCCAUGACAAUGGAAAAUACACACACUCAAAUGGAACAAUAUACGAGGGUGAUUGGGUUGAUAAAAAAGUGACAGAGAAAGGUCUGAAGAUAUGGACCCUUCAAAAUUCUCAUGGUUCCACUUCAUUGCAGAUUUCAAAUAAAGGUCAGUCUGAGGUAUCUAGUCUGAGCCCUUUGGUUAUCAAAAGGGAAUAUAUGCAAGGAGUUUUAAUUGUGGAGAAAAUCAGACCGUAUUCAGAAGUAACACAUAAUAAUAAUAAUAAUAAUAAUAAUAACAACAAAAAACAGGGUGCAUUUAGUGCGAAGAAAGCAAAGAAGAGUUCGUGCAUAUGGGCAAUUUUGAAGACCAUCAAAGCUAUUAUAUGAAUCUUAAUCUGCAACUUGGCAUCAGAGAUCAUCCUGAUAUAAAUACAAACACUACCAAUGAGGGAGGACUAGAUGGUACAUGAGAUGAAGAUGGAGAGCAGUUUCAAUUUUGGAUUUCAUUACUCACUAGCACUUAUUCUCAUAACAUCUUAACUUGUUACAUAUUAUUUUAUUUAUCUUAUUAUUCACUAGCACUAAUUCACAAAAAACAUCUCGGCGUGUUGGAUAUUAGAAGUGACAGACAUCUUAUUCACAUUUUCGUUUUGUUGAGACUUCAAAACAUUCAUCAUGAUUCCCUAUUAACUCUAUUUCUUUCAUAGCAUGAUAGCUUGAGUGAAAUUCCUUGUAGUUAGUUGGUUGUGUGAUUGUUGAUUUUUAAUGCUUGCUUACUGGUA